CGUCUGUCAUCAAUUACGAGGAGACUGACGAAGAACGUGAAAUGGCCGAUUAUAGCAUUAUAUGUGUUUUAUGUGUGCUCAUACACGUUGUUUAUGGAACAUCGUUCAUCAAAGGUCUAUAUUGCCAAGAUCCAGACACGAAAAAACUUUAUCCGAUAAAUUCGACAUGGAAAUCCGAAACAUUUUGCGGUAAUUAUACUUGUAAGAUGAGAAAAACUAAUACAACUGGAGUUGAUUACACACCUAUCACAAAGAUAAACAUAACAGCACAUCACUUGCAGGAAAACAAUAACGAUGACGUGAUGUCUAGUCACGAUGACAUGUCUAUAAGUCCGAGUGAACAGUCUUUUGUCAUUCAAAAAUUUGAAUCAGAGAAAAAACCAGUUUUCCAUAAAGAUGUUUAUAAGAAAAUAAAUGAAUUUAAUAAUGAACUUAAAAAUAACAAAUCAGAAGAUAAAGAUCGAUACUUAACUGAAUCCGAAAUAAAAACAAUUACUGAAAUACUUCAUACAGUUAAAAAAAGUGAUUUAGAAGCAAUAAUUGAAAUAUAUAAUAUAGCACAAGAGAUAUACAAUGAAGUAGGUUCAACAAAAGCUGAUAAAUUUGUAGCAGAUACAAAUAAUGUCAUCCAGAACGAAAAGACAAAGUUGAAGAAAAUGCCUGCCAACGAAGGCAGAAAUUCCAUUUCAUAUUGGUACGAACCCUUACAACAGUAUACUGCAAAACAAAAGCCAUCCGACUUAAAAACUGAAGGAUCAAAUGUAAUGCCUAAAGCACAUACUUAUAGAUACCCAUUGACAUACUUUAACGGGCCUCUCAAAGACAACGACUUUGGAAAAUUACCUUACUACUAUCCAAUGUCAAAUUUUCAUAGAAAAUCAUCGUAUAUUCACAAUCCCCAUGAUCCUCACAAUUUCCACAAUCCCUAUUAUCCCCACACUUCACAAGAAACAAGACCUUUACAAACGAAACCUUGUAAAAAACCAAAACCGUCCCCUAUCGCCUAUGCCCCUCCACUUUGGUAUAAUCCUUUACCAAACGAAAAUAUGGGAUUAUACAAACGAUCAACAACAGCACAACCUAUGCUAUUACCUUAUCCGUUCUCUUACGUACAUCAUUACAACUUCACUUACCCAGCCAGUUACUACUACAAUAAUUAUCCCUGGGCUCAACUAGACUCGUAUAAAAGGAAUAGAUACUACCCACAGCCCUAUUAUGGAACAUAUGGUGAUCAAGAACCUAAGACUGUAAUAAUUUCAAAUGCUGACGAAUUAGAAGGUAAAAUAAAGUCUCUCGAAAGCAAAGAAGAUAAAAAUGAAGAGUUAGCUGACUGGCAAACAGAACAACUGUCAGAGAAAGUUCUAGAAGAAGUUAAAGCGAAUGUUGUAGAAAAGUCAAAACUUUUAAAAUCUUUGUCUUUAAGGAAAAAUAUGAAAUUAGAAAAAGUCGGUAAAGUCAUUAAGUUGGAUGAAUUGACGAGAAAUAAGAGGGACAUCAGCGCUAAUGAAGACGCCCCCGAUGAAAGUAGAAGAACUUUGGGUAAUUCAGCGGAAGGUGAAGAAUUUGAGACGUAUAUCGAGACAACAACGUGUGAAUCGAGCACUGAACCCGGCUUCUUCAGCGUGGGCAACGAAUCAGCGCCGUACCCCGCCUGUUGUCCUCAGAGAAUAAGUAGCUGAUAACGACUAAUUAAGGAGACUUGUAUAUCUUAUUUAUUAUUCUUAAGCUUAAAUAUAUUUACAAAAGUCAAAGAA